GUCAUGCUGUGCGCCAUAUGGUCUUAACACUUUCACUUUCACUUUCACUUCUCUCUCGUCGUUGUUCUCUUGCAUGCACCGAUGAGCCGCUGUAUUUUCCUUGCUGUAUGGAUUUUUCUUGUGAUUGGACAGGUGAUCGAUGAUGUAGAUGAGUCAAUGUCAUUGAUGGAGGGAGAUUCCGUUACUCUACACAGCAAUUUAGGAAACAAUCAAGAAGAUAUUAUGAAUUGGUAUUUCAAAGACACUCGCAUAGCUAAAUUCAGUGGAGAUCUCAGUAAGUCCUGUACUGAUGUGAAGUGUAAUGAAGGUGUUGAGAUGUUCAGAGACAGAUUACAGCUGGAUCAGACUGGAUCUCUCACCAUCACAAACAUCAGAACCACUGACACUGGACUUUAUAAUCUCAAGCUCCUCAGAAGCAGCAGCACAAAGAUCUUCAGACUUACUAUAAUACACGGUGUGCCAGAUGCUGAGGUGAAGUCCAUAUCAGUGGGAGAUUCUGUCACUCUACACACUGAUGAUACUGUAAAACAGGGAGAUGUUGUGAUGACGUGGUAUUUCAAUGACACUCGUAUAGCUGAAAUGAAUGAAGAUCCCAGUAAGAGCUGUACAGAUGUGGCGUGUGAUGAAGGUGCUGAGAGAUUCAGAGACAGACUGAAGAUUGACCAUCAGACUGGAGAUCUCACUAUCACAAACACCACAACUACAGACUCUGGACUUUAUCAACUAGAGAUCAGCAGUCGCCAUCGCCGCAGUAUCAGCUUUAGGUGCAUAAAGACCUUCAGUGUUAAUGUCAUUGGUGUUACAGAUCUGAGUCUGUAUUCAGGUGUUCUAGCAGGAAUAUGUGUUGUUCUGGUCGCGGCUGUCGCUGUAACUGGUGCUGUGAUUUACGAACACGGCAGGAACUCUGGACAAGCAGGACAAAAGGGAGAAAGGAGGAUGGAACGUGUCAACUCAUCAGACCCCGAUGUUGACUGAGGACACUGAGACUACCAGUGUGUGCCCACUGUAAUAUUAUUUUAAUAUGUAAUAUUUAUUACAUAUGUAAUAAUGUAAUGGGUAAGAGUGGAGAUUGGCAUUAUGAACUACCAGUGUAUUCCAAAUUCCGUUUUUUUUAAUAUUCCGACCUAAAAAUGUUACCCAUGUGAAUUGUGGACAACUGAUCCGUUUUGAACAUUAUGUACAGUUCUCAGGCAGUAUUGUUGUGGGCCUUUAAACAGCUCAUCUGUAUCCUCAUCUACCAAUUGUCAAAAACGAAUGUUGACUGAAAGAUUGUAAACAUGGGUGAAAUUAUGUCUAAAUUGUUUAAUACACUGUCUGUUACCUGCUGUUUUGCCAAAAAAACUUGUCGUUAUUUUAUAAGAACUUAAUUCCAACUAAAAAAAUUGUUACCGUAUUUUACAUUUUGUACUCAAGUUUUUAUAUGUCAUUCAUUAUAGUGUGUUUUUUAUUUUAUUUUAUUGGACAGUUUACAGUUUACAUCGUCUUCAAUGAUCUUACAGUGUUAAUUGUAGCCCAGUGUUUCCCGAUAACAUUGCAACUCUUGCCAAGUUUAAAGUAGAACUUGCGUAACUACCAGAGCUGUGUUGAAUAAAGGCUGAAGUACUGUGCACUUGUAAUUGCUAUUGUGCAACGUGCAGUAUGUGUCUGCCAUGCUACAGACUAGCCGCAUUUGCGGAUUUGAACCUGCCAUUAGAGGAAGAGGAGGAAGCUGUCAUUUUGCAUUUCAGUAUUUCUUUUAAUAGGAAUAUUUAUUUAAUUAGGCCAAUUUAUUUCAGUUUAAAAGCUAUUAUAGGGUAACAUUUUGUCAUCUUGUGAAAAUCCAAAUUAUUAAAGAAUAGAUCACCCCUCUGUUGCUAUUAGUUGCCAUUACAAGUUCUACCCUAGUGUAACUUUUUAGCCAGUUAUUUCAGCUUCUCCUGUAAAUGCAUCAGUGCAUGAGAUGUAUUGCUUAAAUGACAAGGUAAUCGUGGCUUUGCAUUGAUCAGUAUGGAUUAAAAUCCUUUUUGAAGUGCCCCUUUUCUCUGAUAAGUCUGUAAAUUGGCGAAAGAUUAAGUUAAGUUGCACAAAAGAAUUAUGAGUGUUCGGACUCCAAGACUUGUUAAUAAGCUAAUAUUGAUGCUUUUAGAAAUGCGCUGCAGAGAAUAAGUUGUAAUCACAUGUGACAAACAUUCUAAUAAUACUGUAUUACUGUAGUAUCACCACUGUGUCUUUGAUUAAAACUGUAAAAUGCUGUAUACUAUAAUGCAAUUCGUUUUUUACAAAGCAUCAGCAUCAUGACAUAUGUUCAUGUGCCAGUGUUUUUUUAUAAAUAAAAAAAUAAAAUCUUAAACCAAGUAUUUCUUUUAGUCA